ACCUUUUAGAGAAAGUAACCUCUUUUUUUUUUCUUUUUAUAUUUCUCAGCCGGCGGAGACGCUCCGGGACGGAGGGACCGACCAUGAUAAGGGCUGUGGACAUUGCGCUGACUGUGCUGCUCGCCGCGUCCCUGUCGUGCCGGUGCGCCCUCGGCGGCUACGGGGUGAGCCUGUUCGCGGCGCAGACCUCCCCUCCGGACCCGUGCUACGACGAGCACGGCAACCCGCGUCGCUGCAUCCCGGACUUCGUCAACGCCGCCUUCGGCAAGGAGGUGAAGGUGUCCAGCACCUGCGGCAGGGCGCCCGGCCGCUACUGCGUGGUGUCGGCGGCGGAGAAGGGCGACGAGAGGACGAGGAACUGUCACACCUGCGACGCCUCCGACCCCAAGAAGUACCACCCGCCCGCCUACCUGACGGACCUCAACAACCCGCACAACCUCACCUGCUGGCAGUCGGAGAACUUCGUGCAGCACCCGCAGAACGUCACGCUGACUCUGUCCCUGGGGAAGAAGUUCGAGGUGACCUACGUGAGCCUGCAGUUCUGCUCGCCGCGACCCGAGUCCAUGGUCAUCCACAAGUCCAUGGACUACGGGAAGACCUGGGUGGCGUUCCAGUUCUACUCCACCCAGUGUCGGAAGAUGUACAACAAGCCGAGCAGGGCCGUGAUAACCAAGCAGAACGAGCAGGAGGCGGUGUGCACGGACUCCCACACCGACAUGUACCCUCUGACCGGCGGCCUCAUCGCCUUCAGCACGCUGGACGGACGGCCCUCGGCGCACGACUUCGACAACUCCCCGGUGCUGCAGGACUGGGUGACGGCCACCGACAUCAAGGUCAUCUUCUCGCGGCUGCACACGUUCGGAGACGAGAACGAGGACGACUCGGAGCUCACGCGGGAGUCGUACUUCUACGCCGUGUCGGACCUGCAGGUCGGCGGGAGGUGCAAAUGCAACGGGCACGCGUCCCGGUGCGUGAAGGACCGGGACGGGAGUCUGGUGUGCGAGUGCAAGCACAACACCGCCGGGCCGGAGUGCGACAGGUGCAAGCCCUUCCACUACGACAGACCGUGGCAGAGAGCCACGGCCCGGGAGGCCAACGAGUGUGUCGCCUGCAACUGUAACCUCCACGCCCGGAGGUGCCGCUUCAACAUGGAGCUGUACAAGCUGUCGGGGAGGAAGAGCGGCGGGGUCUGCCUCAACUGUCGCCACAACACAGCGGGACGCCACUGCCACUACUGCAAGGAGGGCUACUACAGAGACCUGUCCAAACCCAUCUCACACAGGAAAGCCUGCAAAGCAUGUGAUUGCCAUCCCGUGGGCGCUGCUGGCAAAACCUGUAACCAAACCACAGGACAAUGUCCCUGUAAAGACGGCGUGACCGGUAUCACGUGCAACCGCUGCGCUAAAGGCUACCAGCAGAGCCGCUCGCCCAUUGCGCCCUGCAUAAAGAUUCCAGUCACACCUCCUACAACCCCAUCCAGCAGCACAGAGGAGCCCUCAGACUGUGACUCCUACUGCAAAGCGUCUAAAGGCAAACUGAAGAUCAACAUGAAGAAGUACUGCAAGAAAGAUUACGCUGUCCAGGUUCACAUCCUGAAGGCGGACAAAGCCGGCGAGUGGUGGAAGUUCACCGUCAACAUCAUCUCCGUCUACAAGCAGGGCGAGAGCCGCAUCCGCCGCGGCGACCAGUUCCUGUGGGUCCGAGCCAAGGACGUGGCCUGCAAGUGUCCCAAGAUCAAGCCAGGGAAGAAGUACCUGCUGCUGGGGAACGACGAGGACUCCCCCGGGCAGAGCGGCGUGGUGGCGGACAAAGGCAGCCUGGUCAUCCAGUGGAGGGACACGUGGGCACGCCGGCUCAGGAAGUUCCAGCAGCGCGAGAAGAAAGGCAAGUGCAAGAAGCCAUAGGAGGGGAAAAAAGAAAAGAUGGAGAGGACGCCGGAGAGGAAUUCAAGAGAAAAGCUGAGCGGGUGAUUUAAAGAAAUAAAAAAAAUAAAAAAAAAAGAGAGGCAGACAGAGGACCACGGACAGACAAGAGACUGUUUAUGUCGCUGCUUUUUUUCGUGUAGAAGCAUGAAGAGAAUUAUUUUAGGAUGAUUUGUUUUUUUUCUAGUGAACUUUUGUUGAAGGAGCUCACCUCGCAGAUUUGGUUUCAUGGUUUAUUUUACUUUGAGAUUUGCCUCUCUCGUGGAUUUGCCGAAUUUGCACCUAUUACCAGCAUAUAAAGUUAUUUGUGUUUUGUUUUCCUUUUGUUUUUAUCUCAGUAUGAAAUCAUUAUAUUUUAUGUUCAGAUUUUAUGGACAUUUCCUGCUGGUGCAAAAAAUGACACAGAAAAAAAAAAAAGCCACUUAAUUACCACUGCAAUUCUUUGCCUCUGCAUGGGUUUUUUCUUGUUGUAUUCUUGGCAAAGAGGCGAGCUUGUUUCAUCAAAAGUCUUCACUGAUCUGAUUGAGGGGUAAUAAUAUUUCCUCUGUUAGGAAUUGUGCCAUAAAAAACAACAACUAUUGUUUGCGAGCCACAGAAAUGCAUUGUACAUUGGUUUCCUUUCCCCCCGUUGUACAAAUUCAGGUACGUCUACAACUCAAGAAACAAGAAAUCUGUAGCUCUACUUUUUUAAGCUGCCAGGGCUUGAAUAAAUUAAGAACAUGCAAGUGACAAGAAAAACAAAAAGGAUAUAACAGUAUUGACAUAUUUUUACUUCCCCAGUGGCCCAACUCACACUUUUCUGGUGACAUUUUGGGUCGUUCAGUAUUUGUGCAAACCUGCAUGUGAAUGCAACUCAUUAAAGACUGUAAUGUUCAAUUCACUAACUGGUGCUUUAACAAAAGGACCAGAGGGCAGAGACAUUCACAAAAGCAGGAGUUGAUUUUGGUUAAAAGAUUUUUUUAGUUUUGUUUUAACUCAG